AUGUCGAAUGUCGACGAUCAAUACAUUCCAGCAUCUUCUCCUUCAUCUUCUCCCCCGUCUUCACCCUCAUUUGAUCCCUUAGACUCUUCACCACCCUCCUCACCAAACCUCGAGGCGGUUGCAACUCCCCCGCAGUCUCCAGAGGUCGUUCAUCCGUUUGCAGCGUCUACAAAGGCGACGAGGAGACCACAUUUACAUGAGAAACGUACUCGUGUCUCACAAUGGGCGUCCAACUCUCUGAGCCGGGGAGGAAGUUUCGAGUCACACGACCUGGACGAGCGGGCGGGCAAUGUGCCGCAGGUCGUCGACCCGUUCGCAGCGUCUGCUAAACACUACUGGAAGCCCCCACGCAGGGAAAAGAAGCUAUCGCGUGUGCAGUCUACUGGCAGUGCAUACUCGGACUCGACAAUUAUCGACCAUGACGAUCCGUUCUUUGUGCUCCACCCGUCGGCACACGACAACCAUUCCGUCUUGUCUGAUGAUAAUAAUAUGAAUAAGAACUCCCAAUCACUCACAGCUGAAGAGCGUGAGCUUGACAUAUGGGAGGUUGCGAUCGCCGCCGCAGUCGACCGGUCCAACGGGGAUAUUAAUUUGAGCCAGAGCGGACUGUUCGGGACGCCGCUGACCAUCAUUCCACCGUCAAUCGCAGACCUCGCAAAGCUCGUCGUCCUUCCCGAGGACGAGUCGGGGGAUAGGCGUCGUCCGGUGCCAUCACCACCCCCCAUGACGCGCACUUUCACGCGGGCUGUAACCGUUCCCGAUGCAGUCUUCAGUCAUCCUCCUGCCUUCGGGCCCAACACCGGUAGGAUUGGAGGUCUCAGCAAGACAGCCUCGUCCUCGUACUUGCAGGGCACAGCCGAACCGCGGCGCCAUGGGAUCCAGCUGAACCUUGCCAGGAAUACAAUACCUAAGCUCCCGCUUGAGCUAUUCCUGCUCUCCGGGUUGACCAUGCUGAACAUGCAUGCCAAUGCCCUCCGCGUAAUUCCUCCACAGAUAGCUAAGCUCACAAACCUGUGCGAGCUAGACGUGUCGCAGAACCGGUUGGAAUGGCUACCUGCGGAGAUGCUCAAAAUGCGGCUGGACAAACUUUCCGUCAGGGGGAACCCGUGGAAAGUGCCUACCGCGGAGGAGCAAGAGACUGGGAAUAAAGGCGGCAAGAGGUUCAUCUCACAUACGACCUCCUGCUUCGACAUACCACACCUUACCGAAUAUUCCCUGCGCACACUACUCGCGCCGGUCGAGUCGAUGGGUGGAGUGACGGCACUCGAGGCGCUGUACGCGAUCCCGCUGCUAGAAGGAGAGCACCCGCCGUCGGUGCUCAAUACGCUGCGCGCAUGUGUGCCGAACGCGGUCGCGAAGCCUCCGCCUCCCGAGCCCAAGCCCUCCCAGCCCCCGCCGAAGGUGCAGCGUGUAUCACACACCGACGACGUUCACUCCCGUCUACACAUCCGGCAUCGGGAGAUCCAAGUGCAAGAGAAGGGAAAGGAACAGGACAAGGAGACCCCGCCUGGCAUCGGCUUGUGCCCGGCUCCGGCACAUCGCGCACAGGGUGCGUCUGCGGCUGUCUUCGUGCAGCACGCGGUGGAGCGUUUCACGUGGGAGCUCGUCGUCGCCGGAUUGGACGUCGGCACGCAGGGUAACAAGAUGGGCGUUCCGGUGCGGUGGAGAGGAUGUGGGACGGACUGUUUGGGUUUCCUGGAGGACGAGGGUGGAGGCGGGGGGAUAGAAGAUGUGGCGAUGGGCACAGAGGUGGACGUCGAGAUGGUGGAUACGGAUGUGGAUAUGGAAGAGUAG